AUGGACAUGGUAUUCUCAAGCCUCGAUGAUUGUUAUUCAAUGUAUGUUAAGUAUGCCAAGGAGUGUGGGUUUUCAGUCAGGAAAGGGACUACAAAGACAAACUCUAAAGGUGUCUUACAUAUUAAGUAUUACUUGUUUACGAGAUCUGGGUUAUACAAGGACAAGAAGGUUGAUACGUUGGACCCCAAUCAAAAGGAGCGAGUAGACAGAUCCAACUUUUCAAAGAGGACUGAUUGUGGUGCACUGUUAUGUGUACUUUUUGAGGCUGGAUCAUGGAAGGUGUAUAAGUUUGUCGAGGAGCACAAUCAUGAUCUUGUUGAACGUCCUAAUAAGCAUUUUCUUCCAACUGAACGACACCUCACUCAUCUCUAG